AUGGCUUUUUAAGGCCUCCAUUCCUAUGUCCUAAGUCUCUGAGUUAUUUCAUUGAAGCGCACUCAAGCUCUCCAUUGAAGCGCACUCAACGUUCUCCAUUGAAGCAUUCUCCGUUGAAUCUAAUUCUUGUAUCCCCCAUUGAAGCAGCUUCUAAGAUCAUCGGAGGUGAUGGCAAGCAAGGCUGUGAAAACUGUGGCAAAAGCAGCUACUGAAUACCAAUAUCCUUGGCAGGAGAAGCUAGUAAAGUAUAGAGAUGAGCUUGCCAAAGGAGUUUGGGGUUACUGGGAACUUGGGGCAUGGAAGCCUUUGGGAAUUAGUGCUCGUCGCCGUGCUAGGAUCCGCAAAGAAGUCUUACUUGCCGAACAAGACUGGCCUUAUGACCCUGCGAGGAAAGAGAUGAGAACAAAGAGGAAAGGACACAAGGUUGACAGAAUAGCAGCAGAGAAACGAGCAAAUACUGCAGAAUUGAUGAAGAAGAUGCCACAAAUGUUACUGGACUACAAGAAGCGUAGAUGGGAGAAAAAGAUGAAGGAUGAGGAAUCCAAGAAGUAGGUUUUGAUCCUGAAGUAUGAACUUCUUUCAUCUUAAGAUUUCUCACUUUCCUUUAGCAAGCGAAGAAGUACCAUUUGUCUUUGUUUGGAUUCAGGCAUGGUUAAUGACUGCAACUGUGUUUCUCCCCAUAAAGAUUUUGAAAUAGAGCAAUAUGUUCUCUUGAUAAUCGUAUUGCUUCAUUUUUGGUACAUCAGCUUUAUAAGCCACUCACCCACUCCUUUUUUCAGAAGAGUGUUUUUGUUAGAACAACAUUAUAUGGUUCUCACAUUGCUCUCCCCAUUCCUUGUAUAGUUGUAUGUACAUUUUAAUUCAUUUUUAUUUAAUUA